GAAGAGCUCGCUAUCGUUCGGGUACAGAACAGCAGGUUCCAAGUUGAGCAUUUCCUUUACACGUUCACAGGUUACCUCCCUAGUGGGAGUUUGAUCAUCACGUCACACGAGCAGGGCCGUUCUUCUGUGUCUGUUUUAAAAUACAGGCUCGUACACGUGCUUCCACGACUUUUCCAAAUCGCUGAGAAAAACAUCUUAAAAGAUGUCUGAGGACGUGAUUGAGACCAUAUUUGAGAGUUUGUCCUUUGAAUGGAUGUAGCCAUAGAGCUGCGGUGGCUGGUGGUAGUAAGGAUCCAGCUGAGCUCUCAGUUUACAGGAGAGAGGAACAAAAUUGCUUGGGGUGUUUAUGUUCGUAUUUUGCUCUCUUCCCCCAUCGUUUUGCAGAGGUCCAGGAUCCAGGUCUGGCUCUAUGAGCAAGUGAACAUGCGGAUAGAAGGAUGCAUCAUUGGCUUUGAUGAAUAUAUGAACUUGGUUCUGGACGACGCAGAGGAGAUUCACUCAAAAACGAAAUCAAGGAAACAGCUCGGUCGGAUCAUGUUAAAAGGGGACAAUAUCACUCUUCUACAAAGUGUUUCUAACUAGAAUUUGCUGUUCUUCCCUUAGAACAAUAGUUACUGUGCUUCAGAGCGGAUAAAGUGCUAGGUCAUGGGAACAUGAGCUGCUGGUAGAUAGGAAGCUACGUGUAGCUGGGGUUGCAUGCUGAGGUUAAAAUGGUUUGUAGCUUUGUGGGAGUAUUUUUUUUUAACUUCGAUACCAUAAAAGAUGUAUUUCACAAAUAAACAUUUUUCAUGUUA